UGGAUCCCGAAUCUAAUAUUACUGGCCUGACCAUCGCUCAUCUUCGUCCUAUCCCUGGCAGUACUGAACCAUUAUAUAUAUGGCUAUUAAUUGGGACCUGGCCUCUGGACAUGAAACACGAAAUGGAAAUGGAGCUGGAAAGUAAUAGCAGCAAGGUUGGCAAUGGGAAAGGGAAAGAGGAGGAGGAGGAGGAGGAGAAGAAAGAAGAUAGCAAGAGGAGGAAGCUUGGAGGCAUCAAAACAAUGCCAUUCAUCCUAUCAAAUGAAAUAUGCGACAAGUUUGCUGCAGCUGGUUUCUAUGCCAACAUGAUAACAUACCUGACCCAGCAGCUGAACUUGCCUCUGGUUAAGGCCUCUAACACACUCACCAACUUUGGUGGGAUGGGUAGCUUUACGCCACUCAUCGGUGCUUUGAUCGCCGAUUCCUAUGCCGGCCGGUAUUGGACCAUCAUCGGUGGUUCCAUUAUUUACGAAUUGGGAAUGAUCAGCCUAACAGUGUCAGCAGUGCUCCCAUCACUGAGGCCACCUCCAUGUCCAUCUCAAGUGAACUGCAAAGAAGCCUCAAAUUCUCAGCUAUGGAUCCUUUAUAUGUCGUUAAUCCUCACUUCCAUAGGCUCUGGUGGCAUUAAGCCUUGUGUUGUAACCUUUGCUGCAGACCAAUUCGACAUGACCAAAUCAGCUGUUGGGUCACGCAGCUGGAACUUCUUCAAUUGGUACUAUUUUUGCAUGGGAAUGGCGACAUUAACAGCUUUGACUGUUGUAGUUUAUAUUCAAGACAACGUGGGUUGGGGCUGGGGUCUCGGAAUCCCAGCUAUCGGCAUGGCUCUAUCCAUUGUAGCCUUUAUAUUUGGUUCUUCACUUUAUAAUAAAUUAAAACCAGAAGGCAGCCCUUUGGUUAGAUUGGCUCAGGUCGUCGUUGCUGCAGCGAAGAAGAGGAAAGAAGUGAUGCCACUAGACCCUGGUAUGUUGUACCAAAAUAAAGAGCUUGAUGCUGCUAUUUCUGUCAACGGAAGGCUUUUACACUCCGAUCAAUUCAAGUGGUUUGACAAAGCUGCAAUAGUAACAAAUGAAGAUGCAAAGGAUUCAAAGUCACCAAAUCUAUGGAGGAUUGCCACUGUCCACCGAAUCGAGGAGCUAAAAUGCAUCGUCAGAAUGCUGCCCAUUUGGUCAGCAGGAAUCCUACUUGUAACAGCUUCCUCACAUCUCCAUAGCUUUGUUAUUCAACAAGCUCGGUCUAUGGACCGUCACCUGUCGCACUCCUUUGAAAUCCCACCAGCUAGUUUUUCCGUCUUCAGCAUCCUAACAAUGCUCAUAGGACUUGUCUUGUACGAACGCCUAUUCGUUCCCUUUGCUCGUCGCUUUACGGGAAACCCUUCAGGCAUCACUUGCCUGCAAAGAAUGGGCGUAGGAUUCUUUAUUAACAUAAUUGCAACUAUCGUUUCAGCAUUAGUUGAGGUCAAAAGAAAACAAGUCGCUGCUCUUCACAACCUAUUGGAUGCUCCUCAAGCCAUUAUCCCAAUAAGUGUGUUUUGGUUACUUCCUCAAUAUAUUCUCCAUGGAAUAGCAGACGUUUUCAUGUCUGUAGGGCACAUGGAAUUCCUCUAUGACCAAUCACCAGAAACCAUGAGAAGCACGGCCGCCGCACUCAAUAGUCUAGAAGUUUCCAUGGGGAACUACAUAGGUACACUCGUUGUGUCCCUUGUUCACAAGUAUACUGGCCAGAAAAAUAAUUGGUUGCCUGAUAGGAACCUUAAUGGGGGAAAAUUGGAUUACUAUUAUUGGCUUGUAACGGGGAUCCAAGUUAUAAAUCUUGUGUAUUAUGUAAUUUGUGCUUGGUUUUACACUUACAAACCCUUAGAGGAGGUCAAGGAAGAAGAUGAUGAUGUUCCAGCAGAAGACGAAAUUCAACACAAGCGGUUGAAUUAUGCUGAAGGGAACAGAUCCACAAGUGUAGGGAACGAGAGUAUCAAAAUGCAUCAGGAGGAGGUGAAGAUCAAGGAAGAUGAUAAGAGAAAGAAACUUGGAGGCAUUAAAGCAACUCCAUUCAUCCUUGCCACUGAAAUAUUUGACAGAUUCUCUACCAUUGGUUUCCAUGCCAACAUGAUAACAUACCUUACUCAGCAGCUGAACUUGCCUCUUGUAAGGGCCUCUAACAUUGUCUCAAACUUCGAUGGAACCGCUAGCUUAACACCUUUGAUCGGUGCUUUGAUUGCUGACUCAUUUGCUGGCCGAUUUUGGGCCAUUAUCGUUGGUUCCAUUAUCUUUGAACUGGGAUUAAUUAGCUUCACCACAACAGCACUACUGAAAUCACUACAUCCUCCACCUUGUCCAACGCUUGUGGACUGCAAAGAGGCUUCGAAUUUCCAACUAAGCACCCUCUACUUGUCUCUACUCCUCUUAGCUAUUGGCUUGGGUGGAACUAGGCCUUGUGUUAUGACCUAUGCCGCAGACCAAUUGGAUAUGAGCAAAUCAAGCGUCGAAUCUCGAAGCUGGAACUUUUUCAAUUGGUACUAUUUUAGCUUGGGAUUAGCAAGACUAACAGCAGUGAGUGUUGUGGUCUACAUACAAGAUAAUGUGAGUUGGGGGUGGGGUCUUGGAAUACCUACUAUCGCCAUGGGUAUAGCUUUCAUUGUCUUUCUAGCUGGUUCUCCGCUUUAUACGAAGGUGAAACCAGGAGGAAGCCCAUUGGUCAGAGUAACUCAAGUGAUUGUUUCGGCUAUAAGGAAGAGAAAAGCUGUGGCUCCAGAAGAUUCAAGUCUCUUGUACCAAAACAAAGAACUUGAUGCUGCUAUAUCUGUACAUGGAAGGCUUUUACACACCCCUCAGUUCAAGUGGCUUGAUAAAGCAGCAGUAAUGAAGGAUGGUGAAGCAACAGAUUCCAACCCACCAAAUCCAUGGAAGAUAGCAACCGUGCAUCGAGUAGAGGAGCUAAAAUCCUUUCUCAGAUUGCUUCCAGUUUGGGCAGCAGGGAUUCUACUUGUCACAGCUAAUUCACAUAGUGGCAGCUUCAAUACUCAACAGGCUUGGACUAUGAAACGUCAUCUGUCAAAUUCUUUCCAAAUUCCACCAGCUAGCAUGUCCGUCUUUGGUAUCCUGACCGGGAUGACAGGGCUCGUUCUCUACGAACGCCUCUUCGUGCCCUUUGUGCGUAGAUUCACAGGAACCCCUGCAGGCAUCACAUACCUACAAAGAAUGGGCAUAGGCCUAAUCUUCAACAUUCUCACGUCAAUUGUUUCUGCAUUGGUUGAGAAAAAGAGAAGAACGGUGGCAGAGCAUCAUAACUUAUUGGAUAACCCUAAAGCCACUGUUCCUAUAAGUGUAUUCUGGCUAGUUCCUCAGCUUUCCCUUCAUGGAAUAUCAGAAAUCUUCAUGACUGUUGGACAGUUGGAAUUUCUCUAUGAUCAAUCCCCAGAAAGCAUGAGAAGCAUUGCUUUAGGGUUAUUUUGGAUAGCAAAUUCUAUGGGAAAUUACUUGGGCACAUUUAUGGUGUCAUUAGUUCAUAAGUACACAGGCCACAAGAACAAUUGGUUACCUGACAGGAACCUUAAUAGAGGAAAGCUGGACUAUUAUUAUUGGCUUGUAACAGGCAUCCAAGUUGUAAAUUUUGUGUAUUUUGUAAUUUGUGCCUGGUUUUACAAUUACAAACCCUUGGAAGAAGACAUGGAAGCAGAUUUUAAAGCAUCUGAAGAUGGUGCUGCAGGGAAUGGAGAGGUAGAACUUGGUACAACUGAAAAGGUUUGAUGAUAUUAUUUCAUUGUAAUUGUACUGUACAACAUCAUACCUCGUUUGCCUUCACCCAGUUUCUGUGAAGACAUUCUUCCAUGAAUUAAGUUGCAACUACAGUAUCUUUGAUUGAAUUAUAAAAUAGAUUAAUUUAUCGAG